GAGUGCAUGCUAACAUGCAAGUUUUUUGAUUUUGAGUCCAACUUGCCACUGCACCUAAUGCUCUGGGAGCUGUUCUGGGAGGAUGAAGAGGAGGGGGAAACCACGGAGGACCACUGGUCCUCUGAGGAGGAUGGACCAGGUCCCUCUCCAGUCCCAGCUCCCCAACGCCCUGGGCCAGUAGUAAUUCCAGCUCCAGUCCCAAUUCCAGCUCCAGUCCAGAUUCCGGUUCCAGCUCCCUCUCCAGCCCCAAGUCACUCCUGCGCCGGCUCCCGCUCCAGUCCUGAUUCUGGCUCCGGCUCCAGCCCCGAUUCUGGCUCCGGCUCCAGCCCCGAUUCUGGCUCCGGCUCCAGCCCCGAGUCCGGUGCCAGCUCCCUCUCCAGCCCCGAGUCAGACUCCUGCGCUGGCUCCAGCUCCUGCUCCGAGUCCUGCUCCGGUCCCUGCAGCCCAGUCGCUGGACCUGCUGUCCCUGACCGGCCGCCCACCUGACAACCAGACUUGUUCGGCCGUCCACCGGGCCGCCCGCCUGAUUGUCCGUCCCUGUCCGGCCGUCAACCGGUCGUCCACCUGAUCCUCUGUCCCUGGCCAACCGUCCGCCUGACCCUCCAUCUCUGACCAGCCGCCCGCCUGACCCUCCUGCCGUUAGCCCCCUCCGCCCACCCUGUUUGGACCUUUUUUUUGUUUUGGGCCGUCUGGAAUCCGGCCCUUUGAGGGGGGGUAAUGUAAGGGUCCGGUGCCACGUGCUCCUUUGUUUGUUCCCCAUGUGCUUUAUGUUUACCUGCCAGUCACCUGUCUUUGUCUCCACCCCAUCUCCUUAUUUGGUCUGUGCUUCCUGUCUUCGUAGUUUUCCCUCCAUUUCUGUUUCCA